AUGUCACUUAUUUCCAACAACUACGGCGCUUUGUCGGACAACCCAGCGGCAUCAUCGGCAGCAACAGAUACGCUGCAGUCGGAUAGCACUGUCGACGAGCCGGUCCUGUGGGUCAAAGAACUGACCAAGCGCAAGGAUGACGACACGCAUCUCUUCUACGACGUCUCAUUCAGCCUGCGCCAGGGCCAGGUUCUCGUCGUGCGAGGGCCCAGCGGCGUCGGCAAAACCACAAUCCUCCGGUGCAUCGCCCAACUGACCACCUUUGAGGCGGGCACCUGCACGCUCAGCUCCGCCCAAGGCCCCCGCACCCCGGCGCAGCUUGGCAUUCCCACCUGGCGUGCCGACGUAAUGUACGUGCCACAGCGGCCGGCGCAACUGGCCGGAACGCCGCUGGACUUCAUAGACAUGGUGAAUUCCUUUGGCGUGCAGGCGCAGAGAGAGCAUUAUGAUCCGGUGGAGAUUGCUGAGGACUGGGGGAUUGCGCCGGAGUUAUGGGAGAAGAAGUGGCCGGAGUUGUCCGGUGGUGAGCAGCAGAGGAUUGCGCUGGCGGUGGCGCUGUCUUGUGAUCCCAAAGUGCUGCUGCUGGAUGAGCCCACGAGUGCGCUGGAUCCGCAGUCUACCCUGAUGGUCGAGGACACGCUGGCACAGAGGACUUGCGUGUGGAUCACUCAUGACGACGCGCAGGCAAAGCGCAUUGCCUCAAUGACACUGACCCUCAACUCGGACGCCUCCUAUGACCUGUCACCAUAA